AUGGAAGAAACUUCCGACCUUGAUGCCUCCGACAACGCCUAUUUCUCCGACGACCACGACUCCACUUCCGAGAACGACGACGAUGAUGAAGAAAACCUGGACUUUGCGCCAGUGAUCCCCGAAAAGGACAUCAAAAAGGAGUAUGAGGUCGACUUUACCGUCCACACCGAGAGCGACAUUUUCAAGUUCCAAAAAUCCGAGAUCGAUCAGGUUUCGUCGUUCCUCGGCGGCAUCCCCCAGCAUAUCGUUGCGUCGCUCCUGCGGCACUUCAAGUGGAACAAGGAUCUGCUGAUGGAGCGCUACAUGGAAGAUCCCGAUGGCGUUGCCCGUGCUGCGGGCGUCGUCAUCGACGACUCCCUGUCUGCAGUCGCUUCGCCAAAGUAUGUCUCCAUCAACGGCUUCUGCUGCGAUAUUUGCUGCAACGACGAGGCCGGUCUGGCCACGCUGGCCCUGAGCUGCGAACAUCGCUUCUGCCGGGACUGCUAUGAGCACUACUUGACCAUGAAGAUCGACCAAGAGGGCGAGUCGAGACGAAUCCAGUGCAUGGCCUCGGGCUGCAAGCUGGUCGUCGAUGAGCCCACCAUCAAGCUCGUCGUUAAGCCCGAAGUCUUUGCCAAAUACCAGAAGCUUCUCCUGCGGGCCUUUGUGGACGAUCUCGAGUAUUACAAAUGGUGCCCAGCACCCAAUUGCGUCUAUGCUGUCGAGUACCAUAUUGGUAGCUCGUCGCUGACCGAAGUCAUCCCGACCGUCCACUGCAACUGUGGCCACUCGUUCUGCUUUGGUUGCUCGUUGCCGGACCACCAGCCCUGCAUCUGCCCGCUGGUCCGAGAGUGGCUGAAGAAGUGUGCCGACGACUCUGAAACCUCCAACUGGAUCUCGGCCAACACAAAGGAAUGUCCCAAGUGCCACGCCACCAUCGAGAAGAACGGCGGCUGCAACCACAUGAACUGCCGCAAGUGCAAGUACGAGUUUUGCUGGGUGUGCCAGGGCCCCUGGUCCGAGCACGGCUCGCAGUGGUAUAAUUGCAACCGAUACGACGAGCGUGCCAGUGUCGAAGCCCGGGACGCCCAGGGCAAGUCGCGGGCUGCUUUGGAGAAAUACCUGCAUUAUUACAAUCGAUUCGCCAACCACGAGCAAUCGGCCAAGCUCGACAAGGAUCUCCACGAAAAGACAGAGAAGAAAAUGGAGGAGAUGCAAAACAGCUCUGAGCUGAGCUGGAUCGAGGUCCAGUUUCUGCGCGAAGCCGUCGAUGUUCUGAUCAAGUCGCGCAUGACGCUCAAGUGGACAUAUGCAUUUGCAUACUACCUCGAGCGCGGCAACGCGACUGAUCUAUUCGAAGACAACCAGCGCGAUCUUGAGAUGGCAGUCGAGCAGCUGAGUGGACUGCUGGAGGAGCCUAUCGCCAAAGAAAAGAUCUUUGAGCUGAAGCAGAAGGUCCUGGACAAGAAGGUGUAUGUUGCGCAGCGACGUGAGGUGCUCCUGAUUGACACCAGCCGAGGACUGAGGGAGGGCCGGUGGAACUAUACCGCCAAGUUUAAGUAG